AUGGAUGCCGAAGCCUACAAUGCCUUCUUCUACUCGCUUGUCUCACAGGACACCAUGGAGAUGCAAUACGCACUCAAACGUCAGCGCUUUCUUGUAAACCAGGGUUAUGCAUACAAGGUGAGCUUUCGGCCUGAGCGUGCUAUUUUUGUGUGGGCCUAA